AUGGAAGGAUCGAAGAAAUCAAAAAGGGUUAAUUGGGCUUCAGAUGUUAGUCUUUGUCAGGUAAGACUGUUUUUGUUGGAAGAAUCUCCUUCACAAGUUGGAGUUGAAACUCAAGACCACCUCCAGGCAAAGACUUUACGGUCAGUCCAGACAGGCAGUAUCUUGUCUGAUGACAAUUUACCACCUGGCUUUGAAGGGCUCCAGCGUGGAAAUCUUUGGAGAAAUAAGUUGUCCCAACUACCUCUUAUCAAAUGGAGAUGCCCCUCCAGAUUUGAAGUGGAUGGUGUGUGGAGAGUGGUUGCUGGGGAGGAGAGUAAAGAAGUGGAAGCUCAAAAUCAUCGGGAGAUGAGAGUACUUGAAGCAAUUUAUCCACGUCUGUCGUCUAUUCCUCCAAACCCUUCGGUAUCAGCGGGUAUAGAAGACUCAUCUCAGAUAGAUCACAAUACCGUUCUGAUUCCUAUCACUCCCAUUGAGGAUGAGGAUGCUGCACUAGAAGCUCCACUUGCCUUCAUGGAGUCGAACACUGCCCCCAUGGCCUCACAGCCCCAGAUAUUGACCAACGAAACUUCCUCCUCUUGGGUUAGUGGCAGUACUGAUCCCCAUGCCUACGAAAUCCCAGAAACAAGUGGAGACCCUUGCGUGCAGCCUGAUAUUGUAGCUGCUGCACACGCUGCCUUGACAGCAGCAAUGUCAAAAAACGAUCAGGGAAAUUUGAUCGAUCAUAACUUGCUCAUAAAAAUUCUCAGCGAUCCUAAAAUGAUCGAGCAACUUGUUACAAACCAUGGCACAGCCUCCAGCACACAAAAUGUACCUGCACCAAGCAUUCCAAAUGUGCCACCCACUGGUGUGCAAAAUAUUCCGUUUUCCAGUACACAAAAUAUGACAUCAACCAGCACGCAUAAUUUUCCCUCUUCUAGCUCAAUAAAAUUGCCCAACCCAUCUUCCAGUACUAUCAAUAGACGAGAUCCACCAUCUGCUCAUGUUACCCGACCAGAACUCAUUUCGUCUCCGGCUACAUCAAGUCGAGCUUUCUUUCCUCCAAGUAGGAUAGGACUGAUUCCCAAUAGCCGGCCAUCAGCACCUGACAUCAUUUUUGCACCCCCUCCAUCUGCAAGACCUCCCAUAGCAAAGGACAUCAACUAUUAUAAGAGCCUUAUUCAACAACAUGGAGCAGAAAGACAAGAGGGGUUACCCCAAUUUGGUAAUCAGCAAUUAGGCACAAUCCAAGAACAUUUAAAUGUAGCCAAAUCUAGGGACCCAAAAUUAAAGGUUAUGAGACCUUGCAUAUAUUUCAAUAGUGCAAGGGGUUGCAGGAAUGGAGCUAACUGUGCAUAUCUGCAUGAGACAUCGUCCCAGCCCCGAGUCAGUAGUGUUUCAGAAGUUCAAAAUACAAAGAGAAUGAAAAUGGAUGGAGAGAUUACUGGUAGAUAA